AUGUCAGCGCCAACCUCCGCACCCUCCGCCGCGGCGGGUUGUGAUUCGCUAGCGCCGGAUGCCGGGCCGAAGCCGCUCGGUCCGACCCCGAGCCAGAGCCGCUUCCAGGUGGACAUCGUGGCCGAGGCGGCGGGCGCCACCGGAGACAAGUCCCCGAGCUCCGACGCCUCCACCACCGCGCCUUCCAGCGACGCCGCCGCCGCCGCUCCCGCGGGGGGCUCGGGUGCCUGCGGCGGAGAGGAAGCCAAAGGCCGGUUUCGCGUGGUGAACUUCGCGGAUCCCAGCGAAGCGGGCAGCGCGGCCUCCCCGGAGGCACCGGGAGACGGGCUGCAGAACGGGGACACGGUGAUGAGCGAGACCAGCCUGCAUUCCUCCACGGGGGGCCCGCACCACUACCACUACGACACCCACACCCACACCUACUACAUGAGGACUUUCGGCCACAACACCAUCGACGCGGUGCCCAACAUCGAUUUUUACCGGCAGACGGCAGCGCCGCUGGGGGAGAAACUCAUCAGACCCACCCUGUCGGAGCUGCACGACGAGCUGGACAAGGAGCCUUUUGAGGAUGGCUUUGCCAACGGAGAUGAGCUCACCCCCCCCGAGGAGGCCGCUGCUAAGGAGGCCGCCGACAACAAAGGAGUGGUCAAGUUUGGCUGGGUUAAGGGCGUGCUGGUCCGCUGCAUGCUGAACAUUUGGGGGGUGAUGCUCUUCAUCCGCAUGUCGUGGAUCGUGGGUCAGGCUGGAAUCGCUCUGGCCUGUUUGAUCGUUGCCAUGGCCACCGUCGUGACGACCAUCACCGGACUCUCCACAUCGGCCAUCGCCACCAACGGAUUUGUACGCGGAGGUGGAGCAUAUUACUUGAUUUCCAGGAGUCUUGGCCCAGAGUUUGGAGGUUCUAUUGGUCUGAUCUUUGCCUUUGCCAAUGCAGUGGCUGUAGCCAUGUAUGUGGUGGGCUUUGCCGAAACUGUUGCAGAACUUCUUGCCGGUGUAGAUGCCAAUAUGACUGACGAACUCAACGAUAUCCGCAUCAUCGGCACAAUCACCGUGAUCCUUCUCCUGGGCAUCUCCCUGGCAGGAAUGGAAUGGGAGGCCAAGGCCCAAAUAUUCCUUCUCAUUGUCCUCAUCACUGCCAUCAUCAACUACUUCAUCGGAUCGUUCAUUCCCUCCGCAUCAAAGAAACCUCUGGGCUACUUCGGCUAUGACGGUGCCAUCAUGUGGGAAAACAUGGGCCCUGACUUCCGAGAGGAGACCUUCUUCUCCGUCUUCGCCAUCUUCUUCCCCGCUGCCACUGGUAUUCUGGCAGGAGCCAACAUUUCCGGAGACCUCUCUGACCCACAGCUGGCGAUCCCCAGAGGAACCAUGCUGGCCAUAUUGAUCACAGGAAUCGUCUACCUGGGUGUCGCUGUCUCCACGGGCUCCUGCAUCGUGAGAGACGCCACGGGGAACCUGAACGACACCGUCAGCUCGCAGUUCAUGAUGAACUGCACCGACGCCGCCUGCAAAUUGGGCUACGAUUUCUCCAGUUGCAAGAGCGACAAAACCGCCUGCCGCUACGGACUGCAGAACGACUUCCAGGUGAUGAGCAUGGUUUCUGGCUUUGGGCCGGUCAUCACCGCUGGAAUCUUCUCUGCCACGCUGUCGUCAGCGCUGGCCUCUCUGGUCAGCGCGCCCAAGGUGUUUCAGGCUUUGUGUAAGGACAACAUCUACCCCGGCCUGGGCAUUUUCGCCAAAGGCUACGGCAAGAACAACGAGCCCCUCCGAGGAUACAUCCUGACCUUCGUCAUCGCUCUGGCCUUCAUCCUCAUCGCUGAAUUGAACAUAAUUGCUCCCAUCAUCUCCAACUUCUUCUUGGCGUCCUACGCCUUGAUCAACUUCUCUGUGUUUCACGCCUCGCUGGCCAACUCACCAGGAUGGCGUCCCAGCUUCAAAUACUACAACAUGUGGGUGUCCCUCGUCGGAGCCAUCCUGUGCUGCGUGGUGAUGUUUGUCAUCAACUGGUGGGCGGCGCUCAUGACCAACGUCAUCGUUCUGGGGCUCUUCAUCUACGUCAGCUACAAGAAGCCAGAUGUGAACUGGGGCUCGUCGACCCAGGCCCUGACCUACCACCAGGCCCUGACCCACACUCUGCACCUCAGCGGGGUGGAGGACCACAUCAAGAACUUCAGACCCCAGUGUUUGGUGAUGACCGGUUACCCCAACUCCCGUCCAGCUCUUCUGGAUCUGGUCCACUCCUUCACGAAGAACGUGGGCCUGAUGAUGUGUGGUCAUAUUCGCACGGGCUACAGAAGGCCAAACUUCAAAGAACUGGCCACAGACCAGGCCCGGUACCAGCGCUGGCUACUGAAGAACGAGACCAAGGCCUUCUACACGCCGGUGUUCGCCGAGGACAUGAGGCAGGGGGCUCAGUACCUGCUCCAGGCGGCGGGCCUCGGCCGCCUCAAGCCGAACACCUUGGUGCUGGGCUUCAAGAACGACUGGAGGGACGGCGACAUGAUGAACGUGGAGACCUACAUCAGCAUGAUCCACGAUUCCUUUGACUUCCAGUUCGGUGCUGUCAUUCUGCGACUGAAGGAGGGCCUGGACGUGUCCCACAUCCAGGGACCAGAUGAUUUGUUGUCCUCCCAGGAGAAGUCCUCGGGGAUGAAAGAUGUCAUCGUGUCCAUAGAUACCAGCAAAGACUCUGACGCAGACUCGUCCAAGCCGUCGUCCAAGGCCACCAGCAUCCAGAACAGCCCGGCUAUGCAGAAAGAUGAGGACGAGGACGGCAAAGCUACGACUCAGCCCCUGUUGAAAAAAGACAAGAAGAGCCCCAGCGUCCCGCUGAACGUGUCCGACCAGCGGCUGCUGGAGGCCAGCCAGCAGUUCCUGAAGAAGCAAGGGAAGGGCACGGUGGACGUGUGGUGGCUGUUUGACGACGGAGGUCUGACCCUGCUCAUCCCCUACCUGCUGACCAACAAGAAGAGGUGGAAGGACUGCAAGAUCCGCGUCUUCAUCGGCGGCAAGAUCAACAGGAUCGAUCACGACCGCCGAGCGAUGGCCACUCUGCUGAGCAAGUUCAGGAUCGACUUCUCCGACAUCAACGUGCUGGGAGACAUCAACACCAAGCCCAAGAAGGAGCACGUGUCGGCCUUCGAGGAGAUGAUCGAGCCGUAUCGGCUGAAGGAAGACGACAUGGAGCAGGAGGCGGCCGAGAGGCUGAAGGACAGCGAGCCCUGGAGGAUCACCGACAACGAGCUGGAGCUGUACCGCGCCAAGACUAAUCGUCAGAUCCGACUCAACGAGCUGCUGAAGGAGCACUCGAGCACCGCCAACCUCAUUGUCAUGAGUCUGCCGCUGGCCAGGAAGGGCGCCGUGUCCAGCGCUCUGUACAUGGCCUGGCUGGAGGUGCUGUCCAAGGAGCUGCCUCCCAUCCUGCUGGUGCGCGGCAACCACCAGAGUGUCCUCACCUUCUACUCGUAAACGCACGCGGGGCGACGGGCGUCUUCAAGUCUCGCAUCCACUUCUGCCUCUAGGAGCGCGCACACACACACACACACACACACGAAGGUGCACCUCAUACACUCCAGUGAACGCAGCCACUGACGCUGGUACUGUGAAUUAAAGUGAAGGAAGUGAUGCUGGUUGCGAUGAGGAGCGUCGGGCUUGUAAGGUGUCCCGCUCUACUCCUUUCUCUCUAUUUAUUCCAAGAUGUCCGGGUUCCUUCUCUUGUAGCUCUAGUUUCUUCUCAUUUCCAUGGGACAUUUUGUUAUCGACAAAGUUGCUCUGAAGCACUCGAGCACCACGUUCUCGUUCUCCCAGGACGGAGUACCUCGAUGUCACACUCGUCACGUUGAUUGGACCAGUUUUCUGUUGUUGUUGUUGUCGUCCUUAAACUUUGGGAGAGAAGCACGCAGAGCGCUUUGCAACACCCUCGAAAGCCUUAUGGAUGUGCCUUCCAUUUGAAUCAGAUUAAAUAGUUAUAAUCUAUCCAGAUUGACAAUAUUACCUAUUAUAUUAGUGGAUACUACUUUUUUUUAAUUGAGUUUUAAUGUGCUUCCUUCUUAGUUGGAGCAUUGUAUUUAUGAGCGUGAUGACAUGGAUUUAAUGAAGGGUGCCCACUAGAUUGCAUGAAGACUUCUUUCACUUUCUACCCUAAUCAAUGUGUUUUAUUUUGGACCAUAGCGUUACUUUGUCUUUCAUUUUCCUUUUUGAGUCUCUUUUUUUUUUUUAAGCUGUUUAGUAUUUCCAGUUUGUCUUUUAGGCGCCGUGCAUAGAAUGUUUUUAUGGGUCAAGUUGAGAUGUUCUUUAUCAGAAAAGAUGUGAACGUGGUUUCUCUGCUCUGGAGAGACGGCUGAUUGAACAGACUUUUUUUUUUCUUCUUUUUUUAAUAACUUGUGUGUUUCUGUGUCAACAUGUCAACCCCCCCCCCCCCCCCUCUACCCAAUAAGCUAAAGCCUUGCCUUAACGCUAGAACUAACGAUGGUCACCACUUCUCAUGAGCCACACUGGCUGGACGGUUUGUGUGUCAUGAGGAGUGUUGUUCCCCUUUGCGUCGUCCUCCACGAUCCACCUGCAUCCGUCUGUUCUCUGCUGGCCGACGCGCCGGCUUCACACUGAAGAAUGUGACCAUAGAUUGUGUCCUCUAUGCACAUGACCGUGUGCUACUCGUAAUAAAGGUCCAUCUCCAUGCAAACGGAUGUACGCUCCUCGGUUCAUGUAAAGGGCGCGUUGGCCCGGGGGCUUGUUGGGGGGGAAAAGCCAUGUCAUCAGUUUGAAAUGGGUCAUCUGCUCAUAAGAGAAUGUUGAUUUGGAUUAUUUUCAGAUGACCACACCGCUCUGCCGUAGUCCCAGAUUAAAAGUGGUUUGUGCCGUUACAAAAGAAGCUCCUUCCUGCUCGGUAUUGUAACGGUUCUUUACCAGAGCUGCAUGUUGGUGCGAAUAUGGUCACUCGUUGCACAAAACCAAAGAUGGUGACGCCCAAAAUGCAGCUUGAGAACGACCCCCAACCAGAGGUUGACGUGGCCCACCUCUGGUCUGCGUUCUAUCGCAGUGAACACGACUGAAGUCCGAUUGUCUGCCGUCAUUAAAGACCAGACCUUUGUUCUCCGUCACCUCCCAACACAAAUGUUCUGCGAGUGGCGCCUCCUUUUCGAUCCUGAUGGUGUAAUCGGGAUAGAAAACUAAUGCGUGUCGUAGUAAACUGACUUAAACUCAUCACUGUUCUAGCUUUCAUAAAUCUAAUGGAAUAACAGGGUUCUUACUUCCAGUGUGCUUAUUUCAUCGGAGUUGUUUCCAAAACAGACACUUCUUUUUUAAGCAUUUAGCGCCGUACUUUCGUGUACUUUCGUGUACUCCACCCUUCUGCAGCAGAGGACUGUGACCUCUGAGGUCAGCUGACUGGACUGUAUGAUGAGCUCCUUUCUCCUCCCCCCGUAUAUUUCAUCAUCACUGCUUCACCUGCCGAGUGUAUCGACCUGCUCGCAUGCAUGCAUGUCAUAGUUAGCAGUACACAAAUACUAACCGUAUGCCCCGCCCACCCGUGUCUUUGAAUAAGUACUUUCCAGGUGUGUGUGAGGGUGAGUGACAGCGUGUGUCGCGUCCCCGAACAGCCUCCGCUCACUUGUCGUGUUGGUUCAGGUCUUUGGACCCGAACCCACGUGUUCAGAGACCAGAAUCCGUUUGGUCGAGUCGUUUCCUGCUGGCGGUAACGGGUCCGGCCUUUGGGGGGCGCUGCUGUGCACGACGACCAGGUCCAGGAGUGUGUUUCCAUCCUGCUGAGAACACGGGUUACUCUGUAUUUGUACAUGGAAUACUCUAUAUAUCUACAUAAAUAUACAUGUAUUGGGCUGAGCUGAUCUUUGAUGGAACAAAACGACCUUUUUCAACCAAAUGUUGGCGUGUGACUUCAUUUAUCUCCAGGGCGAUGACGCUGCGUUCGACAAACCAAAUAAGACGCGUGCUCACGUUGUCGUCAUGUCAUCACUUUGUGUAUCCAGAUUGUCCCGUGUCCAGCCAUGAUGAUUGAUGUUGUACACAAACAUAAACUAACCUGUAAAUAAACAUUUAGUCUGAUGGCAUAAAUUAAGAGUCGAUUUAAUUAUGUCAGAUUUCAGAAUGGAGAAAGAUAUUUAUUUGAGUUGCUUUGGUUUCUCCACGUUUUUCUUUUCUUUUCUCUGUAUUUUUGGUUGUAAGUCUAGUUCAUUUGCAUGUUUUGUUUCGUUUGACUUUAGCUAAUUUAAGUCUGUACAUUCUCUCUUCAAUGUCUUUGGAAGUAAAGACGCUGAAGCAGAAAAGCCUGUUUUCACACAAACAAACGUGGAGGGAAUCCACCCAGCUGGUUGAAGCAGUAAUGUUUUGAUACGCUGUACUGUUAACGGUCACAGAUAUACUUUUUCUAACAUUUUAACAUUCAUGAUUACCAAUACUUUGUACAUCUUUAUUACAAUAAAUGAAUCAAAUGAAAUCAA